CUGCAACUGGCUGCCGACCAUAGAAGCCUUCGAGCACCGGACAAAUCCACUUUGAAGCUUAUUUUGCUGGUCAUGAUUUGGACAACAGAGGCUGAUCCGUGUCACCCAGGUUUAAGUGACCAACCCCGAGCUUCAAAGCAUUGCAAAGAUAAGCUGAAUGCAGUGGGGAUUGGAGAGCGUGCCAUCCUGGGGUUUCAUGCAGCCAACCGGGUUCCAGAUGGCGGAAGCAUGUGCGCUCCCAACUUGCUUGGCCAUGCUACCAUUGAAGCAACCGGGAAGCUCACAUUCGAUUCCCAUGGAUUAUGAGCACGGUAGUGUCGAAUAUAGCCCGUAUUGCAACAUUCUCCAUGGCUACAUUAUUGGUCCUAAGAAUAUAUUUCGAGCCUGUGCGGCCCCAAAAUCCUCCCGCCUUUGAAGUGACAGGGAUUUCACAUUAUUUGUGGGGUAUAGCAGUCCCUGUGCUCGAUACCAGCAGUGGCGGCUCUGAUUCCAUAUUUUCAUGUGAAAAGACCCGGCUGGUGAGACACCAGAGAGAAUGGCGGUUAGGGCUGCGGGGAAAGACAUAAAAGGUGUUUAAAGUGUGAUAAUAGCCGUUACGAUGGAUGCCAUUGAACAAUGAAUCCCGGCGUACGAAGUAUGGUGUUUAGGAUAUUAUGGCUUUUUUUUGGGCUGAUUCAUGGUUCUACGGUAAGAUUCCCACAUUCGCAUGUAAAGAUCCGCCUUCGGAUGAAGGGACAAGGUGUAAGUCAACAAACACCUCUCCGGAGGUAAGACUUGCGGCAGAAAAUCAUUCCUUCUCGUGCCUCCAGGUCACACCUCUCAGGAGGAAACAUGAAUGCAAUUCAUAUCAAAAAUAUUCAACCAAUUUAUCCAAUCAUUAGAGUUAUCCUAGCCACGGAGCUGAACACUAUUAGCAAAAUUCAGGCCGGCUGGAUUCUAAGCUAUG